UAAGACAAUUAGCGGAUUUUGAUGGACUUGUGGGUGAAAUGACAACUUUUCGGUGUUUAAUGUUAACAACUUUCUUGAUUUUGACCUUAAAGGCUAUUUGUGGCCACAGUUUCACUUCUUUUGUGUUCGGCGAUUCAUUGGUGGAUGCAGGGAACAACGACUACUUUUUUACCCUCUCAAAGGCCAAUUCUCCUCCUUAUGGUAUUGAUUUCAAGCCUUCUGGUGGCCGACCCACUGGACGAUUCACCAAUGGUCGAACCAUACCUGACAUUAUCGGUCAGGAGCUUGGAGCUAAGACUUUUCCACCUCCUUAUCUAGCACCAAACACUCAGAUUAGUGCUAUUAUUGGAGGAAUAAAUUAUGCUUCUGGCGCCUCAGGAAUCUUGGAUCAAACUGGAUUUUUAUUUAUUGGAAGAGUUCCUCUAGGACAACAGGUAAGCUAUUUUGAGAAAAGCCGAAGUUAUAUGGUGAAUGUGAUGGGAGAGCAUGGGACCAGGGAGUUCCUCAAGAAAGCAAUCUUCUCAUUAACUACAGGGUCCAAUGAUAUACUCAACUAUAUCCAACCGUCCAUACCAUUUUUCGGAGUCAACAAGGUUUCUCCUUCUGUGUUCCAGGAUUUUAUGGUUUCCAAUCUCACUGUACAGCUGAAGCGACUCCACAAUUUAGGAGCUAGGAAGUUCAUCGUGGUUGGGAUUGGACCACUUGGUUGCAUUCCAUUUAUUCGUGCACUGAGUUUACUACCAGGAAGAACAUGCUCAGUAAAUGUGAACGAAUUAAUCAAAGGCUACAACAAGAAAUUGAGAGAGAUGUUAAAUGGAUUAAACCAAGAAAUGGGACCAGAAUCUGUCUUCGUGUUCGCAAAUUCUUAUGAUAUUGUCCUAAGCCUCAUCCAUAAUUAUCGUCAAUAUGGAUUUGAGGAUGGAUAUGAACCGUGUUGCGGAGGAUACUUUCCACCGUUUGUUUGCUUCAAGGAAAGAAAUGAAAGCAGCUGGAGCUCUGUUCUGUGCAAUGAUCGGUCCAAGUAUCUGUUUUGGGAUGCAUAUCACCCUACAGAAGCAGCUAAUAUUAUCAUUGCCAAAAAAUUGCUCGACGGAGAUAAAAGUGUCAGCUUUCCUAUUAAUAUAAGGGAGCUCUACCGUUAUAAUUCCUAGCUAAGCUAGAUAGUUUAAUUACGUAAACCAGAUGUAUUUUCUCCUUAAGCUAAUAAUUCAGUGAUAAUCUGAUAGACUGUCCCUUUUAUACAGUCUCUUUUCCUUAUAAAAUUUCUGCAAUGUAUCAAAGUUAAUAUUGUUUCAAAGAAAUAUUAAUUGAAAA